AUGAGUUCGUCGUACCAGUGGUUCAUCGAUUUUGUAGAUGGUCGUCUACUAUUCGCAAUCCCGAAAAAAGGGAGGCUUCAUGAUAAAUGUCUCUCUAUAUUGGCCGGCGCCGAUAUACAGUUCCGGAGAAAUGACCGACUUGAUGUCUGCCUGGUUAAGAACCACCCAAUCGCACUUGUAUUCCUCCCCGCAGCGGACAUUCCGUCCUUUGUCGGCCACGGAAACGUCGAUCUCGGGAUAACGGGUCACGAUGUCAUCCUCGAGUCCAAAAUGCAAGGACAGAUUACCGAAGUCCUUCGCCUGGGGUUUGGCAAGUGUAAACUUCAAGUCCAAGUUCCCGAAGCGGGGCCUAUCAAAAGCGUGCAGGACCUUGCGGGAAAACGCGUAGUGACAAGUUUUGAAGUUCUCGCAGGUGAGUAUUUCGGGAAGCUGGAUGCGGAACUUAGGUUAGACGGAGAGAAGCAGACUCACAUUGAGUACGUGGGUGGGAGCGUGGAGGCUGCGUGUGCUUUGGGUUUGGCGGACGGUAUUGAAUCCGGAGAUACAAUGCGUGCGGCAGGCUUGCAUGCAAUAGCAACUGUUCUGGAAACGGAAGCCGUUCUCAUCAAGUCGAGUGUUCCUAAACACACCGCUCUUGAUCCUCUCAUUGCCCAGAUCACGAGUCGAAUCGCGGGGGUUGUCGCUGCAAGCAAAUAUGCGAUUUGCCAAUAUAAUAUACGCAGAGAUCGAGUUCCCGAAGCUGUGGCUAUCACUCCGGGACGGAGAGCUGCUACUAUAGCCCCUCUUGAGGAAGAGGGUUGGGUGGAAGUAAGCAGUAUGGUUGAGAAGAAGAAGAUAGCUGAUAUCAUGGACGAGCUGAUGAGGAUCGGUGCAGAAGAUAUAUUAAUUUUUGGUCUGGACAAUUGUAGAGUCUAA